AUGCUAGAUGAGGAGCUGAUCUUGAAAAGGAUUUUCUCAAAUAUUAGCAGUGUGACAAAUAUAAGAUUUGUUCCUAGGACAAGCCAGGAUUCUGAUUAUCUUCUUAUCUCUGAGGAUAUUGGUAAAUAUGGAUGCGGAUGCUGUUCUAUUGGAGUAGGAUAUUCAGAGGGGUCUGGAGCUCAUGUACUAGUUCUGGCUCCAGUUUCAGAAGGAGGUUGUGGAGUUAAUCAUAUUGGAGGUACACAUGAAAUACUGCACAUUCUGGGGUUUAGUCAUGUUCAAAACAGACCGGACCGAUGUAAUUAUAUAGAUGUUGAUACGCGGCACUUGAGCGGGUGGGGAGAAUGGAGUGUCGGGCAGAUUACUGAAUCAGCUGAUUGGUUUUCUCUCAGGAUCCCGUAUGACUGUUCCUCAUAUGUUCAUUAUUAUCAAUUACAGGGCGCAGUCUGGAAUAAAGAUAUUAUGGCCAAGGUUGAUAGCUUCAUGGAAAAUCAGGGUUGCGAAUCAUUCCAAAGAGGAAAAUUUAUGAAUAGAUGCUUGGUUGAAGGAGGGUUUACGGAAAACGGCAGAGUUAUCAAGGAUGGAUAUGAAAGAUGUUUGGAGGCGUGGAAUGCUAAACACAAAAAGUGUGUGGACUAUAUAUCAAACAGAUAUCCGACCUUCCAGCCGGUCGAUCCUAAUGGAAGAUGUAAAAAGAACGGAAUUAAUAAAUCUGAGAGAUUAUCUUUUCAACUUUCAGAGGUUUCGAAGAGGAAGGGAAACGGUAUAUGUGACCCAGGGAAUAAUCAUAUAGGUCAAUAA